CAUUUUAAUGUAAGUAGCUGUUUUCCUUGCAGAUUAUUAAAAUGGCCCAAGGUAACCCCGUGUUUGAUUACUACGAAGAGUCUCAAAGCGAGAAAUUGGCGCGUAAAUCAAAGGAAUCUCCGUUUAUGAUUAUUGGUCUAGGCGGACUGGCGGCGGCCGUGGGCAUGGGCGCGUACCAGUACAAGCGGCGCGGCGCCAUGAGCACCAGCGUGUUCCUCAUGCAGUUGCGUGUGAUCGCGCAGGGCGCCGUCGUGGGCGCGCUCACCGCCGGCAUGGCCUACACCCUCUUCAGGAACCACUUCCUCAAGCCCAACAAGGAGGACAUCAUCGGCGCCAUCAAACCUAAUGAACACUGAUGCUCACAUAUUGCAAAUCUGCUUGGUUAAGUCUUAGUUUAAUCGAUACGCAAUCAUCUACCAGCACGAUAGCGUGAUUAGCGUUUAAUCAUCUUGAGCCACCCGCGAUUGUCUAUUUUACAAAACGAGUGACUUUAUAUGUAAUCUUACCUUUAAAC